AUUUUGGAAGCCUCUACCCGGAUGUAGUUAAGCUAACGCACCGUAGCCAAAGCUAACGUUACAUUUUUUUGUCGUUUGACAACAUCAACAGUUUUCUCUGUCAGGACCAAAACAUGUAAGAUUCACCAGCCUCGCGAUAAUUGCGCCCACCGCAGAUUUGUGUGAAAUACAUUGUAUUGGUGACAGUAAGCCUACGAGAGCUAAAAAGGGGAAACAGCUAAUUUGCUAACAGUCAUUUUCAUGUGCGUCUUCUUUUUACCGUCGCUGAGCUAGUUUGACGUGAAAAUGGACAUGUAGCUAAAAACUUUUUUGUUAAAUAUUUCUUGACGUGUUUUAUGGCUAAAUUUCGUAAGUUGCACCUCGAAAGGGAACUAAUUCGCGCAACACACUGGCCUUGAUGUGUGCUUGUGUUCUUUUUGGUCGAAACGGAGUGCAUUAGUUUUGCUAACAAGUGUGAGAACGUUACGAUAAGAAUAACUUCUAUGCGAUAAGAGUGUUUAUAGCUAUAGCGUUAUAAUGAGUUUCUUUAGUUUUGGACAAAGUGCAGAAAUCGAUGUAGUCCUCAAUGACGCCGAAACGAGGAAGAAGGUUGAACACAAGACCGAGGAUGGAAAGAAAGACAAAUACUUUCUUUUCUACGACGGCGAGACUGUCAGUGGAAAGGUGAAUGUCACACUGAAGAACCCUGGGAAACGGCUGGAGCAUCACGGGAUCAAAAUAGAAUUUGUCGGUCAAAUAGAGCUGUAUUACGACAGAGGAAACCAUCAUGAAUUUGUCUCCUUGGUGAAGGAUCUUGCAAGACCUGGUGAAAUUACACAGUCCCAAACCUACGACUUUGAGUUCACUCACGUAGAGAAACCUUACGAGUCCUACACAGGCCAGAACGUCAAGCUAAGAUAUUUCCUCCGUGCCACGGUGGUAAGAAGACUAAAUGACAUAAGUAAAGAGAUGGACAUUGUGGUCCACACACUGAGCACCUACCCUGAACUCAACUCCUCCAUCAAGAUGGAAGUUGGGAUUGAAGACUGCCUCCACAUUGAGUUUGAGUAUAACAAGUCCAAGUACCAUCUGAAGGAUGUCAUUGUGGGGAAAAUUUACUUCCUGCUGGUGAGGAUUAAAAUAAAGCACAUGGAGAUCGACAUCAUCAAGCGUGAGACAACAGGCACCGGUCCGAGCGUCUACCACGAAAAUGACACCAUUGCAAAGUACGAGAUCAUGGACGGCGCUCCGGUCAGAGGGGAGUCGAUUCCCAUCCGGUUGUUUCUGGCUGGUUAUGAUCUGACUCCCACCAUGAGAGACAUCAACAAGAAGUUCUCCGUGCGCUACUACCUGAACCUGGUGCUGAUCGAUGAGGAGGAGAGACGCUACUUUAAACAACAGGAGAUCACACUGUGGAGGAAAGGAGACGUAGUGAGAAAGAGCAUGUCUCACCAGGCGGCCAUCGCCUCUCAGAGGUUUGAGGGCUCGGCUGCCUCGGAGAGCGCCCUGGAAAAGGCUGCGAAGGAGGAGAGCGGGUAGAGGCUCCACCCCCCCCUCCUCCUCUCGAGACUCGUCAGCGUCUGCUCCACACGACCGCUUACCUGUCGACUGUGCAAACAUCUAGUGAGGAAGCCGUUUUGUUUGUAGCACCUCCAGGUUUAAAGGGAGGAAGAAGGGAAACGAACAUUCGCACUAAAAACCGAGUGUGAACUACCAAACUGUCUGCAUGAGGCAUUCAGAGCGGCUUCCAGCUGCCGGUCAUUUCCUUCCUCUUCAUGCAUUUUUAUUUCUGUACGGGAAUCAAGCUAACCAAUCACCUGUCGCUGUGUCUGCUGAUUAAGAUCACAUGAAGUUCUUACAUUUGUUUAGUCUUGUUUGUUACUUUCUAACUCUUUAGAGGAUACAUCCAUUUCCUGUCUCUUCGCAGCUUUUAGCAACCAAUCUAAUUUUUCACAUUUAUUAACAUUCCCAGCAUCCUUCCACAGUCAGAAAGUUAGAACCAACUUUGCACUGCUUUGUCUUGCGGAACAUGUUUUUGUUUUUGAGUGUCUUUGCACAAAAAGAAAAAAAAAUUGUUGGAAGUAGAAACUGGAAUCUCUUGUUCCUGUCAGAGCAAGAGGGCUAAAGUGUUAUCACACACAUUAUUUUUAAAUCUGUAAAUAAGACCAGUUAAACUUGUUAUCCAGCAUGUAUAGGUUGAUUAUCCAGUACACCGUGCUGCAGAACGACCAUCCAUGUGUGUGUGCUUUACCUCAGCAUUCCAGUGGUGUUCAGAGAGGAUGUCAACGUGUUUGUAUUAAGGUCUAACCAUGUGAAUGGAGUCUUCUUUCUCCUCUGUAAUAGAGACUUGACAGUUGUGCCUAUGUGUAUUAAGAUAAUGAAGAAUCUUCCUGCCUCUAACAUGAUUUUAGUCUUUUAACCAGAGGAAAAUUAAAGUAGAACUAUCUAUCUUUUGCAAAAUGCUUAUCAUUUAUUCUUUGUUCCCAGAAGUCAAAUAAAUUGAUGCCAAAUGCUAAACCA